UGCGCUAUUCACUUUCUGGUCUUAGAAAUGAAUGUUUUAAAUAAAUGUUAGAGAACACAUGUCUUUGUCCACAAUAAAUGAGAUUAAGAAAAAAAAAAACAAACAAAGAAUCUCUAUUUAAUUGACUCAAAGUUUUCUUGUAACACAAACUCAUCUCUUUCCUCUCACCUUCCCAUACUUUUUUUCUCUCUCUGUCUCUCUGUCUCAUCAACAAUGUUACUAAUCAUAUCUUUCAUCAUCGUCUCCUUCUUCUUCUUCAUAAUAUUCUCACUCUUUCACAUACUCUUCCUUCAAAAAUUACGUUACUGCAACUGCGAGAUCUGCCAUGCUUAUCUCACUUCAAGCUGGAGAAAAGACUUCAUCAAUCUCAGUGAUUGGUACACUCAUCUUCUCCGGCGAUCUCCAACGUCAACGAUCAAAGUCCACGUCUUAAACAGUGUUAUCACAGCGAAUCCAUCAAACGUUGAACAUAUCCUCAAAACCCAUUUCCACAGUUACCCAAAAGGCAAACAAUUCUCCGUUAUCCUUGGUGAUCUUUUAGGCCGUGGAAUCUUCAAUUCCGAUGGUGACACGUGGCGUUUCCAGAGAAAACUCGCGAGUUUGGAACUUGGAAGUGUUUCUGUAAGAGUUUUCGCCCAUGAGAUUGUUAAGACCGAGAUCGAGACACGUCUUCUUCCGAUUUUGACUUCAUUCUCCGACAAUCCUGGUUCGGUUUUGGAUCUACAAGAUGUGUUUAGAAGAUUCUCGUUUGAUACGAUUAGUAAAUUGUCAUUUGGGUUUGACCCAGAUUGUCUCCGGUUACCUUUUCCGAUGUCGGAAUUCGCCGUCGCUUUCGAUACGGCCUCGACGUUAUCGGCGAAACGAGCUUUAGCUCCGUUUCCUCUGUUAUGGAAAAUCAAAAGGCUUUUAAGAAUUGGUUCUGAGAAAAAGCUUAAAGAAUCGAUCAAUGUGAUAAACCGGUUAGCUGGUGAUUUAAUCAAGCAUCGGAGGUUAACCGGUUUAAUGGGUAAAAACGAUUUGAUUUCGAGAUUCAUGGCGGUGGUAGCGGAGGACGAUGACGAGUAUCUCCGAGACAUCGUUGUGAAUUUUCUAUUGGCGGGUCGGGAUACGGUUGCAGCUGGUUUAACCGGUUUUUUCUGGUUAUUGAUGCGUCAUCCGGAUGUGGAGAACCGGAUUCGGGAAGAAUUAGACCGGGUGAUGGGGACCGGUUUUGACUCGGUCACUGCACGUUGCGAUGAAAUGAGAGAGAUGGAUUAUUUGCAUGCGGCGCUUUACGAGAGCAUGAGAUUGUUUCCGCCGGUUCAAUUCGAUUCCAAAUUUGCUUUAAACGAUGACGUUUUGUCUGAUGGUACAUUUGUGAAAAGAGGGACUAGAGUCACGUACCAUGCUUAUGCAAUGGGUCGGAUGGACCGGAUCUGGGGUCCGGAUUACGAAGAGUUUAAACCGGAGAGGUGGUUGGAUAGCGAAGGAAAAUUCCGGCCCGAGAAUCCGGUUAAGUACCCGGUUUUUCAGGCCGGAGCUAGGGUUUGUGUUGGGAAAGAGGUCGCCAUCAUGGAGAUGAAAUCCAUAGCCGUGGCAAUCAAUAGGAGGUUCAAAACACGGCUCGCAAGUCUCGAAUCAACCAAAACACUCCGGUUUGCGCCUGGUUUAACCGCGACAGUUAAUGGUGGAUUGCCGGUUAUAAUCCAAGAAAGGAGUCAAGACUCAUAAAAGCAUUAAGUCAAGAUAUAAAAUAAUACUUUACAAAACCAUAGAUAGAGUCUGUGUUCUCUAACUGACCAAUUAUUGUUAACAUGCAAACACACUUGUUAACAAUAUCUAUGUGUAUCAUUAUCUCUUAUUUAAUUUAGCAAAGCCAAGUGGGUCUUAAUUUCUCGGAAUCUCAAUUGUAUAAUGCUUAAAUUUAAUAUGAUUACGCAAUUGACCCAAAAGGCGUUCAGAUUUAUGUAAAUUUGAAUAGUUUAUUUUAGAGGAUGGUUUAUGAUAA